AUGUCCGGGCCCAGAACGCCGUAUCCACCAAUCAACAUCAAUGUUCUCCCAUCGCACCCUGCAGGGGUGGACAUACCGGCUACAAAAACGACUGUUGGUUCAGCUGGGUCGAAGAAUAUGGGCCCAUUGAAAAUCCCCGGGUUCAGGGACAUUGCUGUCAGAGAAUACGGUGAGUGGCUUGCAUCAAAUGUAUCUGAUGAAACCCUCAAUGCUGCAUUUCGACAAGCGUCUGUCGUAACGCUGUCAGAUAGCUUUGACCUUGAGCACAUCUACAAGGAUCAAAACCCAGAAUUCUUCGUUGGCAAAGGGAUAAAACCCGGAAUUUGCUCGAAGUUCCGUAGAAAACAUCCGACACUGGGUAGAGAACGUGAAGAAGGCAAUUCCCGCUCUGAAGGUGGUGUAAAGAAUGUGUUGGCGUAG